AUGGGCCCUCCGCGGCCGGGGGGAGCUCCCCUCGCCCCUCUCCUCCCAGCCCUCGUCCCAGUGAGAUCGGCGGGCGCGGACCGUGCCCAGGAUCUAUCGGGAUCGGACCCGUCUAGCUUAGAGUGGGGCAGAUGGCGGAGUUUGACACCAGUUGGACAGCCUAUACCAGGAACUAGAUUUAUUGCAUUCAAAGUACCUUUAAAAGGGGCAAUUAACCAGAGACUUACCCCAACCCAGAAAUUUACACCAAAAGACUUAAUUGCUGCAAUGAAAGCCCUAAAUGUGGAGCUUGGAUUAAUUAUUGAUUUAACUUAUACCACACGAUACUAUGAAGUUAAGGAUUUACCUAAAAGUGUGCAGUAUAAGAAACUUUAUACUGUUGGACUUGAAGUCCCCGAUAAUGCUACUAUCCUACAGUUCAAAAAAUGGGUCAGAAAAUUCCUAUGGGAAAAUGCAGGAAAUGGGAAACUCAUUGGCGUUCACUGUACUAAUGGAAUUAAUAGAACUGGCUACCUUAUAUGUAGAUAUCUUAUAGAUGUUGAAGGCUGGGAUCCAGAGGCAGCAAUCCAAGCUUUUGGUGAUGCUAGAGGUCAUCGCAUGGAUGGUCUUGUGUAUCUUACAGAUCUCAGAACACAACCAAUGAGAAGGUCUGGGAAAAGAUUAAGAAUUUAUGAUGACCACCCUCACAGUGAUUUGCAAGGACAGUUACAGUUGAGAGAUUUUGAUUUCAUUAAUAAGGGACCUGGACAAAGACGAAGACCAUUUCAUGACCAUCAGACUCAGGAUGAUUUAAGAGCACCAAUGCAGAUGAGAAAUUGGGACUACAAUAGGGGACCAGGACAGAGGCAAAGACCCUUUCCUGAUCACCAGUUUUACGAUGAUUAUCAGGAAGAUGUGCAGCUGAAGGACCUAGACUUCAGUAACAAGGGACCUGGACAAAGGUUGAGACCUUUUCAUGGACACCAGUUUCAUGAUGAUUUACAGGCAGAGAGACAAUCGAGGGACAUUGAAUUUAACAGAGGCCGUGGACAAAGGCAGAGAUCUUUUCCCGACUGUCCAUCUCACAGUGAUUUGCAAGAAGACAGGCAGUCAAAGGAUUACGAUUUUGGUAGCAGGGGCCGUGGCCAGAGACGAAGACCGUUCCAUGACCACCAAUCUCAUGAUGAAUUUCAGACUCAGAUGCAGUUGAAAGAGUUAGAGUGUGUCAACAAAGGCCCUGGCCAAAGACACAGAUCUUUCCAUGACUAUCAGUCACAUGAUGACUUACAGCCACAGAUGCAAUUGGGAGAUUUUGAAUUUGUUAACAGGGGCCGUGGGCAGAGGUCGAGACCUUUCAAUGAUCACCAGCCUCGCAAUGACUUACAAACAGAGGUGCAACUAAAAGAUUAUGAUAAUAAAGGUCCUGGACAAAGACGUAGACCUUUUCAUGACCAUCAGCCUUAUGAUGACUUACAGGAACAGACUCAGUUAAAAGAUUUUGAUUAUGUUAAUAAAGGGCAUGGACAAAGGCCAAGACCUUUUCGUGAUCACCCAGGUCACGAUGACUUGCCACGUGAAUGGUGUUCAGACAGAAGUCAAUCUUUUUCUUCCCAUGAAAACGUACCAGAACCUCAUUUCUCCUCAUCUCCUUCACUUCACGGAGAUUACGGGUCUGAUAGUGAUGACUUUAACAGAAGUUAUAGUAAUCGACCAAAUUGUCCAGAAGACAAUAGGAGAAUGCAUCCCUCAGAUGAAUUUAAUAGAGGAAAAAACAGAUUUGCACCAUAUUCUUCACGAACAAUGCAUCCAUCUUCAUCUGUACACCAAGAAGAUAGUUCAAUAGACUAUGAAAGAAAACCUUUUCAAGGUGAAACUACCAGAGAGGUGGAACAAAGUAAAAGAUUACCAGUGGUAACAGUUGAUUACAAUUAUGGUCUGCCAUUAGAUUAUGGACCUGAAAAGGAAGAGAGAACACAUUAUGAUUUACCUCCAAGAGACCGCUACAACUGGAACUGAAUAAAAAGGACAAUGUUUGCUCAGCUUAGACUUACUUUUACCCAUUUUACUUUGUGUGUGGACCAGGUUUGGUUUGGUGUUUUGUUUUGUUUUUUAACAAAUUAGGAAAAUGCAAAUUUCAGUAGUAGAGAACUAGUCU